AUGCCUCGACUCGUGCGGCGGAGACCGCUCUGGGAGCGCAUCACGUCCCUGCUGAAUCCCAUGGACUUUCUCUUGUGGCUCUCGGAAGAGAUGGAGACAAGGGACUGGGACUCGAAGCUGGCGGGCACGCAGCUCGGCUUGGGCAUGAACUUUGUCUUUCUGCUGGCGCGCGCAAAUUUUGGGUCGUCGUAUGAGUGGUCGGACGACGACAUUUUUGGCGACGACGGCAAGCCUUCGCUGCUUUCCUAUGUGACUUACCCCGUUGUCUGGGGCUUCGCGCUCUUUUCCUUCGUUAACGCGGCUUACGCCUUCACGCGAACGCGAAAAUACCGACUAUUUGAGGCCAACAUCGACCAAGCCCCAUCGACACCCUCUGCGCGACGAGUCCAGGUCCAGUCGUCUCCCGCGACGACAUCCUCACCGCUUCAAUACUUUGCCGACAGACUCGCCGCUGGUUCUGCCGAGUCUCGAGCACAUCCGGAUAAGAGACGAGAUGUGUGGGAACUCGCGGUCUGGGACCCUCUGCCCAUAUCCUUGAGACUUGUUUGCUUGUUCAGCCCGGGACACGUUUUGGCCUACCUCCUCUUUCUACCUCUGGCACCACUGGAUCCCCAGCCUAGUGUCACUGUGUUCAACACCAUCGUCAUGCAGGUGGUGCUAUCUGGACAGAUGCUUCUCCUCACUUCGCGGUUCGCGCAGCAGGCAAAGGACAACGCCAUCAUCCAAAAGGAGGUCAUGAACGAGUACAACACCAAAUUUGUUCAUCCUCGACUCCACCCCGUCGUCAGAGAUGUUGGUACCCAGGUUGCCGCCGAACACUCUCCCAAGGGCCGUGGAUUUGUCCAAGUUGGCACACCGACAACACUGAUUAGAAAGUCCUACGCCACGCGAGCUACGUCUUCUACCGAUUACGACGAUUCUAUGUCUACCGGUCGCAGCAACUUCAUGAAGGCACAGACGUUCGGCACUUAUGCCCCGAUUCGCUCAGAAAGCACCCCCACCAACAUGAUCCAACCUCGCUCUACUUCUACGUUUAGGCAACACAUGAUGGCUGAUAAGCCUACCGCUCCAAUUUCAGCUGCGGCCACGGCUCCUAUGCCACUCUCGGCCACAUCCGCAAACACCACCAAUUAUGGAGGCAAUAUGGGCAUCUACGAUCAUGACAAGUCGCCUCUUAAGAAAACUAUGGGCAUCAACAACUUUAACGAACCUGCCUCGCCCCGAAACUCACGAGAGAUGGCGGCCCUAGAGCAGCAGCGGUUUUCCUCCAAACUCGCCGAUGCACAGCGGUCGGCGAGCGCCCUCAGCAGAGGCGUAUCAAAUCCUUACCAAGGGGCAACAAGAAAUAGGGCGGCACAGCAAGACAGGCCAACUAGGUGGUAG